AAAAAACUGCUUGUAAUUUGCGCCAGCUUCUCCACAAAAUUCUACUGACCUUGAAUCUCAUCCGGGAAGAUACUAUCGAGCACUUCUCGCUCCUCGACUUGCUCGUCUUUCCCCAUCUUUAAGGUCCUCACUGCCAGGUCGAGAAUUCUCCUGAGCUGGUCGUGGGGUUGGCUAGAAUAGGUUUAGCUCCAAUCAAUCGAUAGGAAAAAGAUAAACUCUCGAUAAAAAAAGUUUCCACCAAGCAGCAAAGUCCACUCGAAUCUGCGAAUCUGCGAAUCGAGCAAAAUGCCCACCGCAACAAUUACGAAAUCUGCUAUGGCAGGUGUCAAGAGAAAAUCUGCGCCUGUCAAGAAUGGACAUGUCAAAGAAACCAAAAAAGCAAAAGUCGAAUCGAAAUUUGCUGUCAGGACAAAAUCCAAGGCUAAGCCAGCCAAGAAAGAAAAGACUCCCAGCGAUUCUGAUUCCGAUGACCUCGAUUCAGACGAAGAUGGAGGAGUACCGCUUACUUCUUACGAAGAGGAGGAAGAAGUAGCGGAAGAGAGCGAGGUUGAAGAUAUUCCCAAAGUUGCAGAUGGUCUACACCCAGAUCGUGCCAAAGCUGUUUCAACGAACACACAAUCUUCCAGAGAGGCACAUGCCAAACAGAAACAGCUUGCGCAAGAGCGGAAAGCGGCCAAACCAUUAGCAGAUCAGCUGGCUAGGACGAAGAAGAUAUGGGAGCGACUAAGAAGAAAAUCACAUGUACCACUCGAAGAGCGAAAGGCAUUGGUCACGGAGUUGUUCGAUAUUAUCACGGGCAGAAUCAAAGAUUUUGUGUUGAAGCACGACAGUGUGCGAGUGGUUCAGACUGCUAUCAAAUAUGCCAAUCCCGAACAAAAGAGGAUGAUUGCGAAGGAACUUGCAGGCACCUAUCGACAACUUGCUGAGAGCAGAUACGCCAAGUUCCUGAUUGGAAAGCUUUUGGUUCAAGGUGACGAUGAGAUCAGGGACACUAUUGUACCAGAAUUCUUCGGUCAUGUCCGCCGACUCAUCAAGCACCCGGAAGCUUCUUGGAUUUUGGAUGAUGUUUACCGUGGAGUUGCCACGAAACAGCAAAAGGCUACCAUUCUUCGAGAAUGGUAUGGAGCAGAAUUCGUGCUCUUCCAGAAAGGCAAAUCAGAGGAGGUCACUGGUGAGCUGUCCGAGAUUCUAGCCGAGGAUCCAGGCAAAAGAGCGCCCAUCAUGCGAUCCUUACAGGAACUUAUCAACCACCUCAUACAAAAGAAGCUUACUGGUUUUACCCUUCUCCACGAUGCCAUGCUUCAAUACUUCCUCAACGCCAAGCCGGGUACUGAGGAGAUCACAGAGUACUUGGAGAUUAUCAAAGGUGACGAAGAGGGAGAUUUGUUGAAGAAUCUGGCGUUCACAAAAUCUGGUGCAAGAGUCGUUUGCCUUGCAUUAGCUUACGGUACUGCCAAAGACAGGAAACAAAUCCUCAAGACCUACAAGGACACUUUACGAACGAUGGCUGCUGAUCAGAACGGCCAUAUUGUAAUUCUCGCUGCAUACGAAGUCAUCGACGAUACUGUCCUGACGGCGAAAUCCAUCUUCCCAGAGCUACUGAGCAAAGACGCAGAGAAGCAAGUAGAGAAUAUUGUGUUUUCGGCGAACGAUAUCAACGCCCGUACGACGCUUCUCUACUUGUUUCAAGGAAGAUCCAAAGCCUUGUUUCCCUCUAGCCAUUCUUCGGAUCUUGAGAUCCUGGCUGAAAUUGACAUAGUCCGAACAGCAACCAGCAAGAAAGACCCUGAAGUAAGGAGAAGCGAGUUGGCAAAAGCACUGUCGCCAUAUCUUCUGAAGGCUAUCGAAACAGCAGCCAAGGAUCUUGUUGCUUCAUCUUUCGGUGCUCAGUUCGUGACCGAAGUCAUGUUUGGCGCUGAAGGAGACAAGACAGCCGCAUUGAAGGCCAUUGCCGAAACAGCUGCUGGAGACCCGACUUUUGUUCAACCAGAGACUACAGAGGAGGAGAAUCCCGAGCCUGCGUCCCAUGUUGGCAACACACCAUUCGGCGGAAGACUUUUCAAGUCACUUAUUGCUGGAGGACGAUUCGACAGCAAGACAAAGUCUGUCAUCCCUGUUGUUCCGGCUCUUAAUUUUGCCGACAUUCUAUAUCCUAACAUCAAGGACUUCAUCAUCGAAUGGGCCACUGGAUCAAGCUCUUUUGUCGUGUUAGCACUGGUCGAAUCUGACACAUUCUCUAAGAAAGAUGAAGUCUUGAAAGUGUUGAAGGCGGAAAAGAAAACGCUAGAGAAGGCAGCGAGGGAAGAGACCAUGGAACAAAAGGCCAAACGGGAAGAAAUGGAGAAAAUGGCCAAGGAGACCGGAAAGAAGUCAAAAUAUGUCAGCAAUAUCGGGAAUAAGGGGUCAGCACUUCUAUUGGAAAAGUUGAAGUAACAUUGCGUAGAUCUCUAUUGCUAUCCGUUGCUAUAUGUAAUUGAUACCCACGAUCCCAUCAUCUAUCAAGUUGUCAUUCGAGAAUUACACACUGCUUUUGUGAUUCAUCUCUCCAGUAAGCUACUG